CCCAUCUCUGGAAGUGUUCAAGGCCAGGCUGGAUGGGGCUUGGAGCAACCUGGUCUAGUGGAAGGUGUCCCUGCCCAUGUCAGGAGGUUGGAACGGGAUGAGUGUUAUGUAGCUUCCCAACCCAAAUCAUCAUAAUCUUAAAAAUCUCUUCAGUAUCUCCACAUGCAGUCACCAGGCAAAUCCAGUUUUCUGAAUCCCUAUAUUUAGCCACUUUAGCAGAAGGUUUUUGCACAACAGACAUUAUCAUAAAGUUCUUCUUUCCUUGAGUAAAACCACUGUAUAAAAUUAAUCUUAAUUAAAUUACCACAGAUACUCAGUGCGCUAGAAAUAUGGCCCACCCCUGGGCCAUAUAUCAGUGUCCAAUACCAGGCUGGAUGGGGCCUCUAAAUAACCUGGUGUAAUGAAAAGUGUCCCUGCCCAUGAAGGGGGUGGGUGGGGGUGGAACGAGAUGAUCUUUAAGGUCCCUCCCAACACUUUAUACUCGAUGAUUCUAUGGAUUCUAUGGAUUCACUCAGUGAUAAAUCGAGAGUCCGCAAAAACAAUCAGCAGAGCAAGAGGCAGCACGUACGACGCACUUCUAUGUCAAUUAAACAACAUUUACCCGGGACUGCCUCGUCUGCCCGGCCCCGAGCAGCGGCCGCGCCCCGGAAACGGCUGUCGGGGCCGGGUUGUCACCGGCAAUAGUGUCCCCCGCGCCGGAGCACGGCCGGGGUAGCAGCGGAGGUAGCGGCGGAGGCGCGGCGCGGCCGCGGGGGUGCGGAAGGCGAUGCGGGAGGCGGGCGGCGGCUGCGGGGAGAUGGCGGAGCGGGAGCGGCAGGAGCGGCUACGGGAGGCGGCGGCGCUCGGCGACGCGGAGGAGGUGCGGCGGCUCGUAGAGCUGGGGGUUGGCCUCAACUCCCAGAACGAAGUCAACGGAUGGACCUGUUUGCACUGGGCCUGCAAGCGGAACCAUGUGGCAGUCGUGGCUUAUUUACUGCAUGCUGGAGCUGACAAGGACAUCCUGACAAAGAAAGGGGAGAGGCCAGCCCAGUUAACAUCCAAGAGAGAGAUCAGGAAGAUGUUGGGAGUGGAAGAUGAACUCCCAGACUUAAAGCAAGAUUCAGAUCUGCCAAUCAUCCCCAAUUACCUGGCUAACCCACCUUUCCCAUAUGUUUACAACACCUUGAGUACCAGCAUUCCAGAUCCUACCCUGAAUGGGAAUAUUUCACACUUGGAGCCACAAGACACCAACUCUCCAUCUGUACCUGACUUGGACACCUGUGGACGAGCACGAGCAUCGUUGCAGCCUGGGAACGCUGCUCCUGAGGUGCCUCCCAACAGGGACAUCCCACCUCUGCCUCAAGGGUCUGCUGGGCCAUCACACCCAAAUCCUGUCCUCCAGAGAGGUCCUAUUUAUCAGGGGUCAGUGUCUUGGGGCAGAAGCCCCUCUUUGCCAGCAGGAUCCAACCAAUCCCUACCCCAGCAAGGGAACAGCUUCUGCAUGGGACCUGUGCCAGCCUUUCAACCCGUUUUCUUCACAGGAGCUUUUCCACUCAACAUGCAAGAACUGGUGCUUAAAGUGAGAAUACAAACGCCUAAUCUUAGAGAAAAUGACUUCAUUGAAAUUGAACUGGACAGACAAGAACUGACCUACAAGGAGCUGCUCCGAGUGAGUUGCCACGAGCUUGGUGUGAACCCUGAGCAUGUCCAGAAGAUCAGAAAAUUACCAAAUACAAUGUUAAGAAAGGACAAGGAUGUUGCAAGGCUACAGGAUUUCCAAGAACUGGAGCUUGUUCUAACAGUAAGCGACAAAAACUCACUUUUCAGAGUCCCAGCACUUUCUGAACAGAGUGGGUAUAACAAGAAGGCAUCCAAACUUACAUACUAAUUAAGGAAUAAAACAAAAUAUUUUUCCCUUUUGUUUUACAAUUAUGUUUGAAAAACAGUACCUAUAAGGGCUAAUGAUGUGAAAAAAAAUCUAUUUUGUUAACUGUGAAAUAAAUUGAAGUGGUUAUGCACAUUUAAAGCUUCUAGUUAAUCUAAGAACAGUGAGUCUGGUAUAAAAGUAGCUCAAUGCACAGGAAGUAUUGGUAGAACUAUCUGUUAAUGCAACACUUCCUUACAAAAGAUAAUUAAAUACUGCAGAGUUAGCAGCUCUCAGGGAAAGGCUUACCUUAAGCUGUUCUAAUAAUUUGUUUGCUAUGAAAUAGCAGAGGUACUCAAGCUAAAGAACCUGCCAUGAAGCUGAUUUAAUAUUUCUACUGAGUCCAUUGCCAUCAAUAUUCUCUUUUUAGAUCAUGUUUAUUAAGUCCUAUCUUACUUAGAGGGAAAAAAACCAGAAGGGUUUACAUUUGUGAAAGCACAAAACUAUGUCAAGUUUAAAUUCUAUCAAGUGACUUAUAGCAAUUUCUUAAUCCCUGUUUAUAGUUGUCCGUAUUUCUCAGGUUGAAAAUAAAAGUGACAGUAAUUAUCCAAAUAAUAAACAUGCACUCAACCAAAAUCCCUUUCAGUGUUGUCUGUUAAUAUAUACAUGAGCAAUUGACAUGUAAUGACAUGUGCAAUUUAAUAUACUAUUUUUGUUACUGGGUUGACAUUUCUUCAAUGCGGCUUUAAUUUUCCCUUUUAAAAGCACAUAAAAUGUAAUUUUAUUUUCCUUUGACCUCUACAUUCCUGCAAAAAAUUGCAUUUUGAACCUAUAAAGUUACCUGUUUAAAAAGAAACUAGUGAGGUACCCAGGGUUAUCUGGGCUGAUAGCCAAACUUGAUGUUCCUAUGCAAUGUAUUUUCUUUUUUUCACUGUGACUUGUGUCUAGCCAUGCGGUUUACUGAAAAGAAAAUUACAGUUACCUAAAGUUCAGAAUUUGACUACUUUGCUGUGAAAUUCUUGAAUAAAGAAAUUGAAAAGUA